CAGCUAGAUUCCAAACAUCACACAUCUUCGAGCUCGCGAGGCUUCAUCUCUCACACCCAACAUACAUACACAGAGCACCCAUCGUCUCCAACAUACAGCAUCCCUACUUCGAGAUGCCUCCAUGGAGUCCCAACGAUUCGAGCCAGUUCCGUCGCCUUUCCUCGCCCUUCUCACUACUUCUAUUGGUGCUGACCAGUAUCGCGACUUCCGCACUGGGCAUGCCCAGUCCCCAGAACUCAACCGAUGUCGAAGUUGGAGUCCCUGCUGCUGCUGCACCGCUUGUUGCCGCUUCUGACGAGUCGUUCGAUAAUCGGUCUCUGCGGAUUAUAGUUCCUAUUGUCGGUGGCGCUCUUGUGCUGGCUGCCCUGUGUGGUUGGUACAUUCACCGUAAUAGGCCAAAAGCGCCAGAAGUGCCACCGAAAGAUGUUCCGCCGAAAGAUAAGCGGAUUCAAAUCAGUAAAACACCAGCUCAACUCGAACAGGGUAGUACGGAUGUUGAAUUCACUCCCGUAUCGCUGGGUAAUGAUAAAAAUGAUGUAGAUAUCGAGAAGUCUGAUGUCGGUGGGAUGGUUGAGGGGAAGGGCCGGUCAUAAAAAACGGAUCUGCUGUCAAUGUUUCUGAAGGACUACUGUUCAGCUGUACUUGAGAAGUGUCAGAAAAAUUCCUUCCAUAGAAGGGCUUUUGCUUUUACUUAGGUACUCCGUACAUCGGAUCAGGGCAGAGCGAGAGGGACGGAAAUGAAAUAGGUGUACAUUCA